AGCUUUCUUCAUCUUUUUGAUCUAACUUACAAACCUUUUCUUUCCUCAGAUCUAUUAUCUCCAACUUGUUGCUCUCUGUGUUUGUAUCUUCGCGCUUUUAGUGAGUUCUUAACUUUCUAAUUUUGGAGUUCAUAGCUUUUCUGGUGAUAAUGACUUUAGUCACUGUGUCUAAUUUAAGUUGAUUGGUCGAAUUAGAUGGUGUCACAUGAAGAGAACACAGGUAUAGUGGAAUGGUUUCUUGGUCCGCAUCCAUUCACGUAUCCUCCUUACGGCGUUGAGAGGAUUCACGAGGAAGACGAAGCACAUCAACACCAUUAUCAUCAUCAUGAUGCUCAGAGCGGUGAGUAUUACAGAGAGUAUGAAGAAGAUCAUCGUAGUAGCAGCGAUGUAGAUAACGAUGAGAUCAUUGCAAGAACACUCCAAGACGAUUUUUUGCAGCUUCAAAUUGCAGAGGAAAAUAAUAAUAACGAUUAUUCAAAUCAUCACCAACAACAACAUCAAGAAGAAGAAGAAGAAGAAGAAGGAGGUGGUGGUUAUACUAAUAACUAUAGCAGUAAUAAUAACGAGUAUGGUUGGAACGAACAAGCCGUUGUGGAUUACUCUUCAGAAUGGGUAGGAGGAAAUGAGAAUGAUCAAGAGGAUGAUUCAUCGGGUAAUAUAUAUUCGUGUUCAAGCCCGAGUGAUACAGAUGAGUAUGUGUACUCUUGGGAAUCAGAUCAGUGUGAGGCUGAUGGUGAAUUUGGAAGGAGGUUGAAUCAGAUGGUCCCUAUUCCUUAUGUACCAAAAAUAAAUGGAGAAAUACCUCCUGAGGAAGAAGCAGUUUCAGAUCAUGAUAGACUUCGGAAUAGGUUAGAGCUAUUUGACUUUGCUGAGGUCAGAGUUCCAGGAGAUGGUAAUUGCCAGUUCCGUGCUUUAGCUGAUCAGUUAUACAAAACCGCAGAUCGUCAUAAACAUGUUAGACGACAAAUAGUCAAGCAGCUCAAAUCUUGUCCAGAUUCUUAUGAAGGAUAUGUUCCCAUGGACUUCUCUGAAUAUCUAAAGAAGAUGUCUCGGAGCGGGGAGUGGGGUGAUCACGUUACAUUACAGGCAGCUGCAGAUGCGUAUCGGGUGAAAAUAGUAGUGCUAACAUCGUUCAAGGAUACAUGUUAUAUUGAAAUUCUUCCUACCUUUCAAGAAUCAAAAGGAGUAAUUUUCUUGAGCUUCUGGGCAGAGGUUCAUUACAACUCUAUCUACUUAAACAGAGAUACAUCUGCAACAGAGCUACAGAGGAGGAGAAAAUGGUGGCGUUUUGGAAACUAGACAGAGCUUGGGCACUCCCUUAUCAUCACUCAGUUCAUCACUGGGAGUUUAUAUUAAUAUUUAUUGACUUGAGAGAUGUCCUUUUGAAAUAUCCGAUGAACAAACAAUGCUCACAGCUUCAAAGUCUUAUAAAUAAUAAUAUUGUGUUCUUCUUUCAAAGAAAGAUUAAUUUCUCUGCGGCUAAUAACUUGAACACGGU